CCUCGCCACUGGCCGCCUCUCCAACCACUGCUCCGCUCGCUCGCUGCCCCCCUCCUCCUCCACCUCCAUGGCGGCCUUCGCCUCCACCUCCCCCUCGCCGGCCAUCUCCGCCUCGGCCUGGCGCAUGGACUCCCUCCGCGCCGCGCUUCCCGCUCUGCGGCCCUCCCCGUCAGCGGCGGCUAUCGGCGCCGGCCUCCGCCCUCGCAGGGCGGCCCGGUUGGGCGCCUCCGCCUCCCCGCUUCUCCGGAGCUCCUUCGUCUCCACGUCCUCCGCCUCCUCCUCCGUAUCUCCCGCAUCGCUCUCUUCCGCGGCCUCGGCGUCGCUCGCCUUCUCGUACACCUCCUCGUUCAACGUGGAUUCAAGCUUUGAGCACCAAUUGUUUGGUAUCGAUGUUCGUGGAAGGAUACUAGCAAUGAGGCACGGGAAACGCAUUCCUAGACUCAACAGACCUCCCGAUCAGCGGAAAGCACUUCUGCGUGGGCUUACCACACAGCUGUUGAAGCAUGGGAGAAUAAAGACUACCAAGCCAAGGGCAAAGGCAAUGAGGAAGUAUGUUGAUAAGAUGAUCACGCUGGCAAAGGAUGGAUCUCUUCACAAGAGGAGACAGGCCCUGGCAUAUAUUUAUGAGAAGCAUAUAGUCCAUGCUCUGUUUGCUGAGGUUUCGGACAGGUAUGGGGAAAGAGAGGGGGGCUACACAAGGAUCAUCCCAACAUUUCCAAGGCGGGGAGACAAUGCACCUAUGGCAUACAUCGAGCUUGUCUAGGAUGAUCCAUUAGCUGCAGUCCAUCCAUUGGUGCUGCUCAGGCUGGUGUCUUCAAAUUGCCUUUUCAAUAUCUGUUUUCCAAGUUAUAUUUUGUACAACAAAGUGUAGAUCACGUGUGGAAUUUUGAACGGCCAAAUUUCAUCCUGUAAUUGCCAUUUGCCAAAGCAGUGUGCCAUUUUGGAUAGGCCUGUGCAAUUUGGUCCUUCUAAAGUUUCAAGCUAUUACUUCUGGAAAGUGUCGUUGACAAUUUUUGGCGUGUCCAAAUGUUUCUUCAAGUUUA